UAUUUGUUAAUGCCUCUUCCUACCAGAUUAGCAAAAACAAUAAGUAUUUCACCAUUAGAAAAGAUAACAUGUAAUAGCACCGACAUCGGCACACGAACCCGAUUCAGAACAAACCAAAGCACUUUCCGCGGAGCAUUAGCAGAAGUUCAAAGUCAUCACAACUCGGCAGUACUAAGGGGUACAAAUUAGAUUUUACUUUCGUGUCAAUAUUCAUGAAACUCUUGACUUUCGACGGGUACACAAGUAGCGCGCAAAUGGUGACGGAACUUUGUUAUUAGGAGCCCCCGCACACUCUUCCUAAAAAAUUCAAAAUUGAGAGUCCGGACCGUGAGCAUAAUGAGCGAACCGCUGGCAUUGGCGAGCGGCGGCGUGGUGGAUCCACCGCCCACUUCCGCCUCGGUUUCGAAUCUGCCGACACCCACAGUUGCGCAGGGAUCGAGAUCCAACCAGGGCAUGGACCUAGAGGAUCCCAGAAACAAAGGAUUUUUUCUCUGGCAAUGGUUUUGUAACUGGACAUCCAGCUCACCGACCAUGCUACGCGCCGUAGAGAAGAAGAUACUUUCGUACGUGAAGCUGCCCUACCGCGGUUUCUUCGUGGACAUUGGGCCUGCGGUAGGCGAGGCGGACAAGAUCUGGACCAUCAGCAUGAACACUGAGUCCAAGGAGGUGCCUCUGGUGCUGCUUCACGGCUUGGGAGCGGGAAUUGCCUUGUGGGUGAUGAACCUGGAUGCUUUUGCCAAGGGCCGACCCGUUUACGCAAUGGACAUCCUCGGAUUCGGACGCAGUUCGCGACCGCUGUUCGCUAAGGAUGCUUUGGUGUGCGAGAAGCAGUUCGUCAAGUCAGUAGAGGAGUGGCGACGGGAAAUGAACAUUAACGACAUGAUCCUGCUUGGUCACUCGAUGGGCGGCUUCAUUGCCUCCAGCUACGCCCUUACAUACCCGGAGCGGGUCAAGCACUUAAUUCUGGCCGAUCCCUGGGGCUUUCCCGAAAAGCCCUCGGACUCGACCAACGGCAAACAAAUACCGCUCUGGGUGCGGGCUAUAGCUAGGGUCCUUACCCCGCUCAAUCCGCUGUGGGCACUUCGCGCCGCCGGUCCCUUUGGACAGUGGGUGGUGCAGAAGACGCGGCCGGACAUCAUGCGCAAGUUCCAGGGCACCAUUGAGGAGGACAUCAACCUGCUGCCGCAAUACAUCCACCAGUGCAACGCGCAGAACCCGAGCGGCGAGUCUGCCUUCCACACAAUGAUGCAGUCCUUCGGCUGGGCCAAGCAUCCUAUGAUCCAUCGCAUAAAGGACGUUCGUAGCGACAUACCUAUCACAUUUAUCUAUGGCUCCCGCUCGUGGAUCGACUCCUCAUCGGGGGAAAAGAUCAAGUCGCAGCGCGGCAGCAAUAUGGUGGACAUUAAGAUCGUGACGGGGGCUGGCCACCACGUUUACGCCGACAAGCCGGACGUCUUCAACCGUUACGUGAACGAGACCUGUGAUAUGUACAAGGUGGCCGGCGGAAAGCUGAUCACGCCCCUGCAGCUGAUCCGCGAGUCCACGGAGUCUGACGAGGAGCGCGAACCUAGCCUGAGUACAGCAAAGACGGUGGAGGUUCAGCCAGAGGUUCAGCCGAUGCCCCAAUCUGUCACCGCCGAAAACACAUCCACGCCCACCACCGACGAACUGGCAGCCAAUGUCAAACCGAAGUGAGCAGCAGCAACAGGGUUAAAGGAAAAACCAAUCACAGCUCGCCUGCCAGCAUGUAUCUAUUAGCUUAGUGUCUUUGCCUAGUAUUAAAUGGUCAUCUUAUUUACUAAGCCGCUAUUUUUACUCUCUAUCAAUCAGUUCAACUUGGCUAACUGGAACUAAGCCAUAGUCGUCCAGUUCUAAUUUAUAUUUUUGGAGAUUUCAAGUUUACUAAUUAGCUUAAAUAAAUUUGUUACAAAUGCAA